AUGGUUCUCUUAACGUCGAUCCUAGCAGGGGUGAUGCUACUCGCCACACAAGCGAACGGACAUGGAUACAUGACCGAUCCGGCUGUGACUUUCCUGUCGUCGUCGACGGACAACACGCAGUUCAUCGCCACCAUCGAGGCAUCCGCAUCGAAGUUCAGCGGCACUUUCUCAGGCUCACCCGCAGACAACACGGCCGCCUUCACGACUGCAUUCGAGUCCAGCUCGUACACAUCCCUGAAAGAAUUGAUCAAUGCCUUGGCCACGGUUACUGUCACGGAUGCUACGCUUACUUGCGGAUCAUGUGAUCCUGAUGAGACGUCGCAGCCCCUACCGGAGACGUAUGUGGAGUGGUCACACUCGUCCACUGAAGGCUUCACGUCCUCUCACGAAGGUCCAUGCGAGAUUUGGUGCGACGACGUUCCACGUUGA